UUACCUGGAGCAAACAGGUCAGCCACAACUCAAUAAUGCUAUAAGAAAAUAUUUGAAUGGAAGAAACCGCAUCAUAUACUGUUUUAGUACUUCAUGUGAUGAAUGCUCAGCCAAUCAGAGCCUCACAAAGUUAACUCCUGGGUCCUUCUGCCACAUAUUUUAAAGAUUACUACUUACAUACUUAUGGAUGAAAUUAUCUGAUUGGAAUUUAUUUCAAAAUAACCCAAAGGACAGGGUUGAUAUUAAAAUUGAAAGUUUAUUGGAUAUUAGAAAUUGAAUGUAAUGGCAACAGAAUUUAUCAAGAGUUGUUGUAGAGGAUGUCUCUAUGGUGAAACAGAAAAGCAGAAGAUUUCUGUGGGAAGAGACUUUGAAGUAUCAGUCUCAAAUAGCCCAAGAACUGCUAUCUGUGUACCUCCAUUGGCCGCUACUUCUGUAAAGCCCCAGGUUGGCUGUACUGAGGACUACUUGCUCUCCAGGUUACCAUCUGAUGGCAAAGACGUACCAUUUGUGGUGCCCAAGUUUAAGUUAUCUUAUAUUCAGCCCAGGACACAAGGACCUCAUCCACCUCUGGAAGAACUUGAAGGAUCUGCCAGAGCAUCUUUUGGAGAUCGAAAGGUAGAACUUUCCAGUUCAUUACAGCAUGGUUCCAGCUAUGAUGUGUACAAUCCCUUCUACCUGUAUCAGAGCAUCUCACCUGACUUGAGCCGGCGCUUCCCUCCUCAUUCAGAAGUGACAAGACUGUAUGGGUCAGUUUGUGAUUUAAGGACCAGCAAGCUUCCUGGGUCCCCUGGGCUAAGCAAAUCUAUGUUUGAUCUUACAAGUUCAUCUCAGAGAUUCACCCAGAGACAUGACUCACUGUCCAGUAUACCUAGUAGUUCUUCUUCAAGGAAAAACUCUCAAGGCAGUAACAGAAGCCUGGAUACAAUUACUCUAUCAGGAGAUGAAAGAGAUGUUGGGAGAUUGAAUGUGAGAUUGUUUUAUAAUUCUUCAGUAGAUCAGAUCUGGAUCACAGUUCUCCAGUGUAGGGAUUUAUGCUGGCCUGCUAGUUAUGGAGAUGCUCCCACCAUCUGUGUAAAAGGAGUUCUAACAUUGUCCAAGCCAGUGCAUUUCAAGUCCUUGGCUAAGGAGGCUUCCAAUGUUAUUGAAUUUAUGGAAACUUUUGUAUUUUCUAUUAAACUACAAAAUUUGCAAACUGUGAGACUGGUAUUUAAGAUUCAAACCCAGACUCCCAGAAAGAAAACCAUUGGAGAAUGUUCCCUAUCACUCAGAACUCUCAGCACACAGGAAAUGGAUUACUGUUUGGAUAUUAUACCACCUUCAAAGAUUUCUGUGUGCCAUGCGGAACUUGAAUUGGGAACUUGUUUUCAAGCAAUAAACAGUAGGAUUCAGCUACAAAUUCUUGAGGCGCAGUACCUUCCAAGCUCAUCAACACCUCUGACUUUGAGUUUUUUUGUGAAGGUGGGAAUGUUUAGCUCAGGAGAAUUGAUUUAUAAGAAGAAGACACGCUUGCUGAAGGCCUCCAGUGGGAGAGUGAAGUGGGGAGAAAGUAUGAUUUUCCCACUCAUACAGACUGAAAAAGAAAUUGUUUUUCUCAUUAAGCUUUAUAGUCGAAGCUCUGUAAGAAGAAAACAUUUUGUAGGCCAGAUCUGGAUAAGUGAAGACAGUAACAACAUGGAAGCAGUGAAACAAUGGAAAGAAACAAUUACAAAUCCAGAAAAGGUUGUUAUCAAGUGGCACAAAUUAAAUCCGUCUUGAAGACUUCACACAUUAAUUUGGUGAAGAAGCGACUUCAUAUUCAUUUAGAAGAUUUAUGAUUUCCAUUUUGCUAGAAUUCAUAAUUUGAUCAGCUAUCCAAGGAGAGGAAAUGCUUUAAAAUGGUGCCAACCAUAGACAAUAAAAUGAAAAGGUAGUAUCAGUAGGAUAUUAAACAUUUUACAAAGUCAU